UAUGCCUCGUAUAACAAAGAUUAUUUCGGAUGCGUUAAAAAUAUGUAUUAUCUUAAUAACGAUUGCCCUUAUAUAUGUUAUCUUGUCGUCGAAUACUGAGAAUAGAGUUAGAGAGUCACCUUACGAAACGGUGAAGAAUCGAAAACCACCUAAAGAAGAUCGAAAUGGGAAUCAAAUUGCUAUAGAUGAUACUUAUCGCAUUUCGUAUUCCUUGUAUGGAUAUACAUUUAGGCAAUAUGGAAUCUCUUUCAAGAGUUGGGCCAGCGUAACUACUGGACUUGUUCAUUCAUUUUCGCCUAACCUUGAAAAAGAGGCGUCAAAAAGAUUUCUAGACCCAGCUGGAGGUAACGUUUACUAUGCUAAUAGUCCUGCUAUAACGUGGCACAAAAACCAACUAGUUCUUGUUUCAAGAAUCUGGUUAAAUCGAGAAGUUUAUGAGAUGAAUAAGCAAUGGCCGGCAAAUAGCUUCUCCGAUAAUGUAUUAUUUACUCAGAAGUUUAAUAAUCGUUUAGAACCCAUUUCCAAUGGUUCAAUACUCGGAGUUCAAACUCCUAAAAACGGUUGGAUUGGAGAUGGUCCCAUCGAACCCCGCAUAUUUAAGUUUAAGGAAACUUUGUAUGUAUCGUUUAACACUGCAGCUUUCUUUGCUAAGGAUGAACUUGUCGAUUUUACAUUUCUGUUUGACUACGAAAAAUCAUUGCCAAUAAUACCGAGAAUUCAUGGAGAUACUCCAAUGAAGUCUGUAACACCGAAGGGUGAAGUUCCAAGAGAUAAACAUUGGAUGCCUUUUACAAAGAAAGGUCAAUUAUAUUUCGUUCAUUGCCUCGAUCCACUUCGAGUGAUGAAGUGUAGAGUUCCCAGUGGAUUUUGUGAGUUUAUUUUCAAACAGGAUAAAAAGAAUUCAUUCGCCUUUCAUCGUCACACAUCGCCUUUGCGAGGAGGGACACCGUUAGAAGUUUACGAGUAUCCUUACUACGUUGGAGUUGUUCAUUCAACACUUUACAAAAAGCAAAAUCAUAAACGCUUCUACUCAUCCCACGUGCUCGUCUUCGACGUCGAAAAGUAUCGUAUUGUCUAUAUCAGUCAUAGAAUUCAAGUUAACAAACAAGUAAUGGACAGGGUCAAGAUGGUUCGACCAUAUAUGGAAGAUUCAUUUAUCUUUCCAGUCUCUUUGGUCUUGGAGUCUAAGAAUAGUUGGAUAAUAGGUGCUCAUAUAAACGAUCACGAUAGUAUUCUACUAAGAAUGAAAGGCAUGAGCUCAUUAAUUGACCUAGCUAUCAAGCUAGACAAGAGAGUAUCACCAAAAGGUAGACCAAAUCAAGGAUUCUUUCACCAACACAUAAAAGAAACAGUUAGGAAUGAAACAAAUAUAGAAUUUGAGUAA